GACAGUUAAAUAUAACCUCAACUUCUACUGAAAACAAAAAUAAGAUUCCUUCGAGUAUUAUCAAAAUGAUGGGAAUAAGAAUGAAUGCCUUCGGUGAAUCGGGACUAGGAGAACCAGAACAAGAUGCUAAUUCUGCCCUUACAGAGUUAGAUAAAGGUUUACGUUCUGGCAAAGUGGGUGAACAAUGUGAAGCUAUAGUAAGAUUCCCUAAGCUCUUUGAGAAAUAUCCAUUUCCUAUACUCAUAAAUGCGUCGUUAUUAAAACUUGCAGAUGUAUUUCGUAUGGGGAACAACUUUCUUCGACUUUGCGUUCUUCGAGUGUGCCAGCAGAGUGACAAACAUUUGGAUAAAAUCUCAAACGUAGACGAGUUUGUCAGGAGAGUAUACAGUGUAUUGCACUCUAACGAUCCAAUAGGGAGAGCUAUAACUUUAAGAACAUUUGGAGCAGUAGCAGCCAUUAUUCCAGAGAGACAACAGAUUCAUCAUAGUAUUAGAAGAAGUUUAGAUUCACAUGAUAAUGUUGAAGUGGAAGCUGCUAUAUAUGCUGCUGUUCAAUUUGCUGCUCAAUCAAAAACAUUUGCAGUCAGCAUGUGUAACAAAGUUUCUGACAUGAUUCAAGGUCAGACCAUUCCAGCUAAUAUGAAGUUGCAACUGAUUCCAAUUUUGCAAUAUAUGCAUCAUGACACGAGUACAGCAGCAAUGGUUAGAGAUCUAUGUCUGAAAUUGUUACCAAGCUACCCUUCCACAGAUUUUGUUCUUGUUACACUCAACACAUUGACACAACUAGCUGCUACAACUCUUGUAGAUAUACCAACACAGAUCUAUCUUCUAAUUCAUUAUUUGAAAAUUCAUCCAAGUUGGGAAAUACAAUCAAAGUGUCUACAUUAUUUAUAUCAGUUGGCAAAACCUGGUUCGCAUUUGUGGCCCCCCGGAGCUAUAAAUGAUAUAAUAGAUCUUGCUGAAAAUACAUCUAAAAUGAAAUUUCUGACUUUAACUUUGCGAGUUAUUCAAGUGUUAACGGAAUCUCCAAGAAUGUGUCAUGACCACAUAUCGCUUAGAUCAAAACUAAGAAUGCUUUGCAGUAAAAACAGCUACUCACCUCAUCCAUCCAUUGCUGCUCAGUCAAUUCAAAUAUUGACCCAAAUCUUAUGUUACUGUUAUAAAGAAGGUAUUGAUGUUGUUGGUGCUGGUCAAGUCAUAUCGGCUCUUGAAACCUUGAUUUUACUCUUAACAUUCAGUAAUGAGAAGAAACCAACUGAAUUGAAAAUUGCUUUGAAAUGUGCGGUUAGAUUGUGCGAGUCAAAGCAGGAGUAUUGUGAAACAUUUGUUGAACUGUUGGGUACCAGGUUGGACAAUAUCAACAGUGAUUAUAUAAUUAUUCUUUGUGAAACUCUUGGUGCUAUUGGAGGAUUGAAAUCUGAUGCUCUGCUUACACUCGUAAGCGAUAUUCUUUCUCUACUUCAUGCUUUAGCAGAUAUCCAAAAUCCUACUUCACAACAAAUCCAAACCAAAAUUAUGUUGUGUACAUUAAUUUUUCAAACAUUGAGUGGAUACACUUGGAACAAAGACACUGAAGAUUCAAUAUUUAAGGUAGUCGCAAACAAUAACUUGUGGUCAAACUAUUGUAUAGCAAGAGCUGCAGUGAGAUAUGGCCAUCACAAAAUUGCAAUAAGCAUAUUUAGUGACCUAAAAGAACAAGUUAGUUCAGAACAUUUUCAUUUCUGGCUGGUGUGUCUCAAAGAAAUGUCUGAAGCUGAAGCAGAACUUUAUGGAGAAGAUCCCAAUUCCUUGGUCACUAGGUUGGAUAGUGCCAUCAUUCAUUAUAAUAAAGCCCUAGCGGCUCUCAAGGCAGCUAGUACACCGUCUCAUACCCUUCAGUUUCAAACCGAGUACAUGAAGAUACGAACAGAGUUCCUGCAAUGUCUGGUGCAAUUGAUAUAUACAUGUAAUAUUCUAUGUAUUGUACCUCCACCUGCAAUAGCUGCCACUAUUGUACAGAAUACCAGGGACGAAUUCCAAAGAAACGGUUAUAUCACAAAUCAACUGAGGAAGUGCGCUGUGGAGUUCAAAAACUGCGGAGAACUAUACUGGAAGCUGUACCAGACAGCUUUCGAUUCUGAUCCAGCAACACUGGAAAAUAUGCAAAUAUUACAACAGCUCUGCGGCUUGGUGGAACAAUGCGUUAACAGCAUUUGUCAUAGCAGCGGAGUGAACAUUGCAAAGGAAGAACCUAUCGAAUUUUGUUUGCAAAGUAUUAGACUUGAGUCCCAACAGUUAAUCAAAGCUUGUCAAAAUGCCGCCCAAAUUUCAAAUGCAAUUACGCAAGAUGCAAACGUUGCUACCAUAACUCACAAACAAGUAGACCUUCUGAAAAAAGUUGUGGAGGUGCUGGCUAAUGCUUCUCUUCCCAUACCAAGGUAUUUCUUCCAAGUUCUUCAAGCUACCAGUUUAAAACUGGCAAUUUCUCCUCAGCCAAGGGUUAUGGGUGAAUUCAUUAGCGUACAGGCUGGAUCUCAAUUGGCGGUGAAAGUGGAGGGAGUUAUUCAGCAUGGUAGUAAGCCGGGACUAUUUAGGAAAAUAAAGGAAGUUGUCGUGAUGGUUACAUCCCAAUUUCAAAACAAUCCAAAAGGAAAAGAUGCAGAAACGAAGAAUCUGGAAACAAGUUUAGUAUUGACUCAAACAGUAAGUCCGCACAAAGACUUUUUCACUGCCCAGUUUUUGUUGGCUUUUCCAAGAGGUGGCCAGUACCUUUUAGUGGUAGAUGCUUCUGUGAUAGAUGAGCAAAGUAACACCUGGAAGACGGGACCUCGAUCUUCCUUAACUGUUAAAAUACCAGAAGAGCCCAAACCAGUCCCAAUAUCAAUACCGGGAGCUCAGAUGAAUUCUAAUGUGAUUGAGGUGCCAGAGACCAUUCAACUUAUGAGGCCACAUCAAAAAAAUAUUUGAAUAGUUUGUAAGGCAAUUUAUGUAUGACUUCAAAUAUAUGAAUUAUAAUUUUUGAAUCCGAAAGCACACAGUUGAUAUUUUAUAUAUUUUAGAAAUAAAACUAAUACAAAAAUAUGAA